AUCCACCAGCCGUGGUGGGUAUGGAGCAAUAACGGCCGCCAUACGUUGCACAGGAAGAAAAUUUAUGCUUACCUGCUGGGACAUGGAUACGCUCGCAAAGCAGUCGCACGAGCGGCAAGAACAGCAGCUUCUGCAGCUGCUGCGCGAAGAUUGGCCGUCGUCGUCGGAAAGCGAAGACCUGUUCGAGGAGUGUGCGGCGGAUCUGAACGCGAACAUAUCCAAGAACCCACACUGCUUUCUGGAACUAAAGGCCAAAGGGAAGCCGCUGGGCCGACUUGAGAUCGAACUGCGUGCCGACGUGGUGCCUAGGACGGCCGAGAACUUCCGGCUCCUCUGCACUGGAGAGCGUGGUUUCGGCUACAGGGGAAGUCCGUUCCACCGGAUCGUGAAGGACUUCAUCUGCCAGGUGCUGUUCUAG